AUGACGGCCCUGCGCAGCCCCACACAGCAGCAGCACCGGUCCACGCGCAUGUCUGGCGUCCUCUGCCUGCUCGUCGGAGACCCCUACUGCCCGGCCGGCCUCCCUGGAAGGGCUUAUCUCCCGGCCCCUCCCCCGGUCUCUCUGCUGCCCCGACCAGCUCCGCUGGACCUCGCAGUGUCCCUGGGCGCAGCUCAACAAGUCAUACGUAGUCCAGAUCCAAGACAGAGGAGUCAGUCGCUGCCCCCGGCGGGAGAGCGGGAGAGAGUGUGCCCCCGGACACGCCGCAGUGAGCACCGAGGGCCUAACUCCGCACUCUCUCCCGCCUCCCGCCAGCUCUCUCCGGCCGCGAGGCGCUGGUCGGCUCAGUCGCCGUCGACACCUCUGCACCUCUGCACCGCUGCUCCAUCGCCGCCUGUUCUCGCGGAUAGCUCCAAGAUGGCGGCUCACGGGCUCUUAGUUCUGCUGGUGGCCGCGAGCUUCGUGAGCGCUGCGGUCGCCUCGCCGCAGGCCGGCGCCAGCAAGGACGAGACAUCCAACAUCAUCCCCGUGGACGGCGGCGACGUCACGGCUAGCUCGUCCACCCCCGCCCCCGGGGGCGGCGCCUCGACGUCCUCCACGGCCCGGCCGGCGACCAGGGCUCCUCCCGCCCCCGCGCGCUCCGGCUUCUCCCGGUUCAUCAGCGACAUCUUCCAGAUCCCCAUAUCCGUGCUGAGGGCCGUCAACAACCUUCUGGCCAACCCCUUCAACAGGGAGACCACCACGGCCGCCAAGAGCACCGCCCAGUGACGUCACACGUCGCUCUGGGGCACUGCAAGUACCGGGUACAAGCGGCCGCCGAAUCCUGACGUCACUGUGAAGUAACCCGCAAACCAAGAGCCACGUGUUCCAAUCCUUCUACCUCUAAUACCUAGGGUCAUGCAGAUUUCGCGAAAAGAUUUCCAGACUAGAUGAAAGUUAAAAACACUGUAUCAUCGUCUGUGUUUCGUGAUAGGGUGAGUUUCUCUUAGUUACAUACCGAUUGUAACAACACCAAUCACAGUGAUUCAUUGCUGAAGCAAACGCGUCCUGGUAUGGCUCGGUCAGAUAAGGCAACGACUUUUCUCGCAGACGUCCGCCAAUCACAAGGACGAAACCACAGGUUCGGGUAUACCUUGUUGCAGUCUAAUAAGUGUUCAGAUCUUUUUGCAAAAAAUGCCUACCCCUGCCAAUAGCCUCCGCCAGUUCAGUUUUGGACACUGCAGUCGCUAUAAUACGGCACCCAAAAAAAUAAUUAUACAUCGCAAAGAGGUUCUUGAGGUUUGUAAGGUGGUUUGUUCUUUAAAUGAAUUUUUGUUUUAACGCAGUUUUUUUUUGUAAAACCUCCAUUGCAGUUUUGGACUGUCUGUCACAGAAAAAUUCCGAAAAUCAAAAAUAUAUAAAUUUUUUUUCUGCCGUAAAACAGCGACUUCAGCAUUAAAUAUGAAUCUUUAGAUACUACUGACCUUAAGGAACAGAAUCUCAAAAAAAAAUGUGUGGCGUUUGUAGGUUUUGUUGGUUACUUCGCCGUAGCGAGUUUAUUUCCCCGCAGCCGUUCAUACCUUGUGUUUGUAGUGCCCUACUCGGCGCGUGUGGUCCGGCCCCUGACGACCGGGACGCCUGCAACCCGCACGACACGCCGGUUCACGGGUUUAUUAAUCGCUCAUCGCGUCGUGAAGACGCUGAUCUCCAAGGAAAUAUAUCAUCGAAACACUUUUUGUACCACACAAAAAAAAUUAUUUUGUGAUAAAUAUUCCGUUGAUCUAAAAUCGUUGCACUGUAAAUAUAUAAAAAUAAUUUUUUUUGUAUGUAAGCACACGAGAACCUGUAAACAUUGUGAUAUGAUUUCAAUUUUGUUGACUGUGUAUUUAUUGAAAUUCUAUAAAAACCCAAAUAAAAAUAGUUUUUAAAUAAU